UACAUUUCCCACGAUGCCGCGGGUGCUGAAAGGAAGUUGCUACGUGUUCCCUCCGUGGUUCCUUCCCAGGCCACAGACCAGGAAGCGUCUGUAAACAGUCACAGAAACGAGAAAGAGUUGAUGCUUUCUCCUGUGAAGGAGUGCAGCAAAAAACAAGCACAAUGUUGCCGACCACCUCGCCGCACGCCAACGGUGCCCUCAGUUCCAUGGACGCGGCGCGGCACACGGCGGGCGCCAAGCGCUACAAGUACCUGCGGAGGCUGCUGCGUUUCAAACAGAUGGACUUUGAGUUCGCCCUGUGGCAGAUGCUGUACCUGUUUACGUCGCCGCAGCGGGUCUACCGCAACUUCCACUACAGGAAACAGACCAAGGACCAGUGGGCCAGGGACGACCCUGCGUUCCUGGUCCUUCUCGGCAUCUGGUUGUGUGUGUCAACAUUAGGCUUCGGUCUGGUGCUUGACAUGGGCGCCCUGGAAACUCUGAAGCUGCUGCUGUGGGUGGUCCUUGUCGACUGUAUAGGAGUUGGCCUGCUCAUAUCGACACUCAUGUGGUUUAUCACCAACAGGUACCUGCUAAAACAACCCAGCAGAAAUUUUGAUGUGGAAUGGGGCUACGCGUUCGACGUUCACCUCAACGCUUUCUACCCACUUCUUGUCAUCCUGCAUUUUCUGCAGCUCUUCUUCAUCAACCAUGUUGUGGUGAUAAACUCGGACUGGUUCCUGGGAUACUUUGUGGGAAACACUAUGUGGCUGAUUGCCAUCAGUUAUUAUCUCUACAUCACCUUCUUAGGGUACAAUGUGCUCCCCUUCCUUAAGAACACGGUGGUGCUGCUCUACCCCUUCGCUCUGCUCGGCCUCAUCUACGUCCUCUCCGUCUCCCUGGGCUGGAACUUCACCCAGGGCCUCUGCUCGUUCUACAAGUUCAGGGUCCGGUAGAACCAGUUUGGCCCUGAGACUGGACGCUGGCCGGUCACGACAGGCUUUCAACUCACACCUUGGUGACAUUAAAAUCUAUUUCCAAGCUGCUGUCGGUCAACAUCUGGUUGAAAGGGGCUAGGCCCCCGUUCGACCUCUGGGUGGACUGAUGCUGACUGUUGAUUGACUCUCGCUUGAUUUCCUGUGUGGCUCUCAUGUUGAGCUGCAGUAAAGAGUUUGUGUUUGGACUAGAAUCAAGGGGACAGUGGAAACAGAGCUUUUAUCAUUGCUCUUUUUGUAUGAUUUGUAAAUAGUUCUCUAGCAAGUUGUAAUAUAUACACGGAGCCUUUUUUUCUGAAGAGGAUGAAUUUGAGUUUUCAUUGAAAAAAAAAAAACUGAAAUCCUGCUUAUUCAUGAGAAGAAAAGAAAGUGGAGGAUGUGGGAUGUAAACCUUUUUUCCCCCGUUUUUUUUCUCAAAGUGUACAUUCCAAAGCACUUUCAAUAAAAGGUUUUAUUACCCUAA